AUGCUUGGCCUUGCUGGGCUUUUGGGUUUGGUGGUGCUGGCCCAGUGCUCGUGGCUAGGCCUUAUCUCUUAUCAGGGAGUCGCGGGCGAACAGUGGGUACAGAGCAGCGGUGAAGAUAGCUUGUGUCCCCAGGUGUCUGCCAUCACUCCGAGCAGCCAUGGAUCGCUUCUUGAGAGUCUUGAUAGUGAAUUCGCGACUGAAGAGUUCAAGUUGAAAGCAUACGAGUCUCUUGGGGGAGCUGUCAGGAUUCCGACAGAGACAUUCGACGACCUUGGAACACCAGAGGAGGACCCACGCUGGGAAGUUCACUAUGAUUUUCAUACUUAUGUGGAGACACGCUUCCCGAGAGUCCAUGAAAACCUUCUGAGAACCAAAGUCAACACUUAUGCUUUGGUGUAUUACUGGAAAGGAAGUGACGAAACGUUGAAGCCUGUUCUUAUUGCUGCCCAUGCAGAUGUGGUACCCGUCGAGCCUGCGACGGCUGAUGAGUGGAUAAACCCACCUUACUCUGGAUAUUAUGAUGGCGAAUGGAUAUGGGGUAGAGGAAGUUGCGAUGAUAAAUCUGGUCUUAUCGGUAGCCUAACUGCCAUCGAGACGUUACUUGAGCGAGGAUUUGCGCCUACCCGAUCCGUCAUUCUCGCCUUUGGCAUCGAUGAAGAAAGGGGCGGCUAUACGGGUGCACUUUCAAUUGGAAGAUACUUGCUCGAGACGUUUGGCGAAGAUUCUAUAUCACUCAUCGUCGAUGAAGGAGGUGGCUAUUCUGAUAUCUCUGGUACCAUUUUUGCCAGCCCUGCAGUGGCUGAGAAAGGGUAUUUGGAUGUUCGUGUAGAUGUUUCGACUCCUGGAGGACAUUCCAGCAAGCCUCCGAAACACACUGGCAUUGGCAUUCUUUCCAACAUCAUUACCGAGUUGGAGGCACAUCCUCAUCAGCCACAAUUGGUCCGCGACCGGACGUACUACCAAAGCUUGCAAUGCCGUGCUGAAUACGAUAAUGGCUUGGAUCCAUCAAUGCGAAAGCUUAUUCAGCAGUCUCGUUCGAGUGAUGAAGCCUUGCAGCAACUGGAAGGGGAGCUUCUGGAGUUCGAUCCUGCAUACUAUGCUCAAGCUGGAACGACACAAGCCAUAGAUCUUAUUGGCGGUGGAGUCAAAGUCAAUGCCUUGCCAGAAGCCGUGUGGACUAUAGCAAAUCAUAGGAUUGCUGACUAUAGUUCCGUUUCAGCAUUGCAGGAACGCUUUGCCAGUAUUGUUAAUCCCAUAGCAGCCAAGUAUAACAUGUCUCUUGAUGCAUUUGGCGAACUCGUUGAGUCAGGUGCUCCUGCUUAUGGCCAAGUUCGCCUUUCUCAGGCAUUUGGGUCUUCGUUAGAGCCUGCCCCUGUUUCUCCGACAAUAGGGAGUGGCCCGUAUGAACUGCUAUCUGGGACCAUUAUAUCAACCUUGCAGACCCAUCUGCGAAGCACUGAACCUCAGCGCCCUGCUGUUGUUUCACCGGGAUUAUCACUUGACACGAGACAUUACUGGAAGCUAACCAAACAUAUCUUCCGAUACGGCCACCGUGGCGCUACGGACAACUAUAAUGGCGCGCAUACCACGAAUGAAGCCAUCCGAGCGGAAGGAUUUUUAGAGGUCAUCCGCUUUUAUACCAGAUUCAUCCUUAACGCGGACGAAACGAAUUUGCUGGAUUAG